AUGCGCCUUUCUAGCUUGUCUCAGAAGGCCUGGGUGUCAUUUAGCGGAGUCCUUGAAGUUUGUCGACCGCAGUUUGGGAUGAAUGACGAUGACUUAGUUAAAGGGUACACUCCAGAAGAAUGGGAGAUGAAAAUGACACCGCGAAUGUUCAGCCUCAUGACACAUCCGUUCCGCUUGUAUAUCACAGCAACCGAGAAAUUGACAGCAUGA